UCCCCCUCAGUGCUGCAAAACAGCAGAUGUCCAAUGCUCCUUCAAUGAGUUCCUCUUCCUGGCAUUCGAGAACACACAGGAGCUGCAGCUCUUGCACUCUGCAGUGUUUCUGUGCAUCUACCUGUUUGCCCUCCUGGGCAAUGGCAUCAUCAUCACAGCAGUAGUCUACGACUACCACCUCCACACCUUCAUGUACUUCUUCCUUCUCAUCCUCUCUGUACUGGAUACUGGCUCCACCUCCACAACUGUUCCCAAAUCUAUGGCCAAUUCUGUGUGGGACAUCAGGACCAUUUCCUACUUAGGCUGUGCUGCCCAGGUCUUUUUCCUCUUUUUCCUGCUUUCAGCUGAAUGUUCUCUUCUCACUGUCAUGGCCUAUGACCACUUUGCGGCCAUCUGCAGACCCUUGCACUAUGAGACCUUCGUGAGCAGCAGAGCUUGUGUCAAAAUGGCAGCAGCUGCCUGGGCCAGUGGUUUGCUCAAUGCUAUCCUGCACACUGCCAACACAUUUUCAAUACCACUCUGCCAAGGCAAUGUCAUGGAGCAGUUCUUCUGUCAAGUUUCCCAGCUCCUCAAGCUAUCGUGCUCAGACUCCUACCUCAGGGAAGCUGCCAUUAUUGUAUUUAAUUUUUGUUUAGUAUUUGGAUGCUUUGUUUUUGGUGUGCUGUCCUAUGUGCAGAACUUCACUGCUGUGCUGAGUAUUCCCUCUGAGCAGGGUCGGCACAAAGCCUUUUCCGUGUGCCUUCCUCACCUGGCUGUAAUCUUGCUUUCUGUCAGAACCAUCACGAUUGCGUCCCUCAAGCCCCUCUCCAUUUCCUCCCCAUCCCUGGAUUGGGGGGUGGCGGUUCUCUAUGCGGUGGUGCCUCCAGCAGUGAAGCCCCUCAUCUAUAGUUUGAGGAACAAGGAACUCGAGGAUGCGUUGAGAAAAUUGCUUCAGCAG